AUGCAGUACAUGACAAUUUCGGUAGCCAGCUGGAACAUAGGGGGGACCAGCAUCGAAGAUGCUAUCAAGUCUACCCGACUGGAUGCCAAAGGAAAAGUGGACCUCUUUUGUAUCCAGGAGAUGCCUCGAAGGACCGUGGGGUGGCAAAGCGACGUGAUCAGCGACCUUACGGUGGUCCAGUACCGCCACGAUGACACCCAGUGGCGCGGGAACGCGAUCGCUUUCUCCUCAGACUUUCAGGUGAUUCGCCGAAGGGGCGGAAAGUACGGCAUAUGGCUCAGACUUCGGCACUUACCGUCGAGCAAUGAGGUGUGGAUAGGAAGCCACCGCCUGAGCACAGGGGUGACUAGCGACGUCACAGCUGACGAAUUACAGAGCCUGUGCGCACUCUUGCCCCCGACCCUACUGCCAGUCAUCUUGAUGGGGGAUUGGAACACACACCUGAAAUGGAGCAGAGUCUCAGGCAGCCGCGCGGACCUCAGACCUACCGAGGCCAGAUCAGAGUACGUACUCUCACAGUUAGGCACGUGUGGCAUGACCAUGCAAGCCCCGACGGAGGACCAGUGGGAUGUACCGACAAGCCGGCCUCGAAGAGCGAGAGCUAAGGGCAGACAGAUAGAUGGAGGAGACCAUGAGAGAAUCUCUACGAGUUUCAGACUACGAUUGGGAGACCGCCCACCACCGGCUAAAACCUUGACACGGCCUAGGGUGGUUGUGAAGCAGCCGCCGACAACACAACACAUGAACCAAGAGAUACUGCACCAACUGGCAAUCGACUGUACAAGACCUAGGAAAGGGGAGAGGUACAAGGACCCUCCGCACGUCAAGAGCCUGUAUGCUAUCGCCAAACACCACGGCACAGAGGCAGACUGGAAGAGAGCCCACAAAGAGAGACGGAAAGCCCAAAUCCAAUGGAGAACGUCCAAAGCUGAGAAAGCCGCUGCAGGAAACUGGCAAGACUACCGCGGCCUCAAAAACCAAGGACCCGAUGCGCUGGACCACGAGCCAUUUCCGUGCGUUGUUCCAGAAGCCAUCCCCUCGCAACCCACUAAGGAAAUCGACACAGGUGAACACUACAGCCUGGAAGAGCUUCGACACGCACUACAAAGAGGAAGGCGGAACAAGGCCGUGGGCGAAGACCUAGUAUCCUUCGAGCUGAUCAGUACCUUGUGUGAGGACUCCGACACCGAAGCUGCUUUCCUGGACUGGAUGGAGAGGCUCCGCUGUGGAGAAGAACUCCCCCCAGAAUGGCUGCGAACUGUGGUGACACUUCUCCCUAAGACCGAGCAACCCAAGGGACCAGGAGAUCUACGCCCCAUCAGUGUAGGCGCAGCUGCCUCCAAAUUUGUUGGCACCAUUAAAUCCGCAGAAAAGACCUUCACCCUGGACACAGAGUGGCACCUGCGCCUGAGCUGGUGCAAGCUGGACAUCCGCAAAGCAUUUGACACAUUGGCUCGCGACAAAACCCUUGGCAUACUCAGAGAUAGACUACCACCCCACAUGUUCUUGGAGUACAAAUGCUGGGAAAGGUUGUUCUAUGAAGGCACUGCGGUACUCAAGACCCCAUGGGGGGAUGCAGAAAUACCCCAAGGCAGAGGAAUACGCCAGGGAGCAGUGGAGAGCCCUUUCCUGUUUGCAAUUGCGAUCGAAACAGCCUUGUACGACGCAGUGAAGAAGAAGAACUGGCCAUCCGAAGACUGGCGACAGACUGCACAGGACCCAAAAGCCUGGAAACAGUUCGAGUCCAGCUGGGUAGCUAACAUGGAUAUCCGCUGGGAGAAGAACAAGCACAUCGCACCCCGGCACAAAUUCGACUACACCAAUGACGGACCUGGCACGCUCGCACCAAGCCGACCGAACCUGAGAAGACCAACCGUGGACUACCAGUACAUCAACCGCAAGAUCGGGGUGCACUACGCCAACGAGACCCUCCUGUACUCGCAUUACAUGCUUCCGAACACCACCGAGGCCAUGCAGCGCCGACCAAAACGGCCGAGACCAACCCAACAGCCUUGGAGCGACCAUACCAAGCAAAGAAUGAGAACCCGGACCUCGGACUACCACCACGCAAACUGCCCCGGAGCGAACUACGACGCCGACUACCUGCACAUCGACCGCAAGUUCCAGCUGCUGCUCACCGAGGACGCCCGGGGCACCAUGGAGAGCACGACCCUGCACACCAAGCAGACCAAGACGACCUCUCCAGUCUACUCGGAUGGCAGAUGCCCUUCCUGGUGGGGAUGGCUCAUGCGUGGGACGAGCCAUUCCUCCCACACGACGCACCGUCCUGGUUCUGGACGUACCUUGACAGAGGGGUGGUGGGUGCAUGGACGAAGACUUCAAGAAAGAGGUACUCCAUUCCGCAACCCACCGGUCGCCACCGAGGAGGCACAGACGCUUGUGGACAAGAUCAAAUACCUCAUAGACAGGGCAUGGUACAGAGAGAGUCACCUCCUCAUCCGGGGCAAGCCCAUGCAGCCGUGUGGGUGCCUGGACAUGACGGAUGUGGAAACAUCUGACAGCGAAAGCUGCGCAAGCACUCAAGACGCCCGCCAUCGCUCACGAUCGCCGGCACCGCCGGCACCUACCAGGGCAGCUUUCCGCACCAGUUUGACGCCAGGGAGGCCGAACCAACAGCCGAUCGACCUGGACGAGAACACCGACAUCGACAAGGAGGAGGCAGACACAUCGUCCCUCAUGUCAGGGAAAGCCAAGGUACCUGCACCACGGACACCGGAGGCAGCAGUCGCCGAGACCGAGGAGGACAAGACCGCGGGAGCCGCACACAGUGAGCAGGCGGAAAUGACUAAGGAUGACAUGAUGGCAGUAUGGCAGGCUCUCUUCGAUAUGCAACCCCAAGACACGUUGAGCCCAAGUACGAGUCCGCUCCUACCUGCACAUAUUGCCGACAACAUGGUCGAGACCUUAGUGGACUACCCGGAACACCUGCGCAACGCCAUGACAGAUGUCCUCCCAGAAUUCAUGGCAAGACUACAAAUGGACGUUGCCACGGCAAUCCAACGGGCACGAACACUACGACACCGCCUCCAAGCAGAAGAAGACCCCGACACCCACCCGGCCGCCAAGAAGACCAUCCUGGAAAUGUUGCAGACAGCCUUCCAUAAGCUGCCGGCAGACCAGGCCACCAGCCGCGCCCUCCAGUUAAUGAACCGUCUACAAGAACACGAUGGACCACUGCUGGUGGACCGACAGGCACUGGAGGCCCUGAUUAUCAGUGUCUCGGGCGACGUGCCGCCAGUGGCAGCUGGGGACGCCGUCAUUGUGGAGCACGCAUGGGUGGCUACGGGGUGGGGCCGAAUCGUCGGCAACAGGGAUGCCAUGCUCCAGGACAUCGACAGAGACAUCAUCGAAGAAUGGGACAGAGAGGUGUCAGCCGCUGAGGUGAUCAGGCGAGCAGAAGAGGAGGAGCAAGCCCAUGAAGAAGCAAGAUACGAAGCCUACCUCCGCCACUUGCAGGAGUGCAGCCAGGACCACACGGGCCACCUCAAAACCACGGAUGAAGAUGACGAAGCCAUGGCAGCCGCGGCUGGACUCAGCUACGAGCCCACCAGAACAAGGCUAUGUGUGGGCUUGUGCUGGGACGAUGGCACUACGUCCAAGGCGUGGGAAUGGGAAUUGGACCGUGGGGCAACGCUACAGCUUCACAUAAAAAUGGAGAAGAAAGACUUCAAAGGGGGCUGGAUGAAAGAUGGCAAACGGCUUCGGGACGAAGAUGUGCCACAAUGCCUCCGUGAGUCGCAGCCGUCAGCCAAAAGCCGACCAAUGCCCAAGCAGUUGCCGCAGCUGGACUUCCACAAACCGGCAACGCGAGAACUGUUUGCCAGGUGGAGGGCAGGCACAGUGAGCGACACCACGGUGGUAGAUAUAGCUUCGCCGACCAUGCUAACGUUCUUCCGAGAGGUGGCGGACAUCCCCGAAGACGUGCUGGAGGCCUUGGAUCAGCGGGACACCAUGAACGUAUCCCGUACACGAGACCCCGAGGCUAUGCCGUCGAACCCAAGCAGGGCACCGCCGCCGGAGCCAACAAUGCCGGAGCAAACAGUACCGGAGAGCGAGGUCGAAACCAUCAUGGUACAGGACGAAGUGCCCGAGGUCAACAACCAGCCCGACAUGAACGAAGAGAUCUACUCAAACCCCGACCCGUACUUUAACGGCAGGAAGUUCUACGAACAACACGGACCUGGCAGGGAGGAUGCCGACCAAGACAACAGUGAGUUUGACACGGUCGAUGCCAGUUUUGUUUUGGAAAUCAUGGGCUAUGUGGCUUUGGACGACUUCACGUCGGCCCUAGAGCAAUCAAACGUGAAGGCCGAUGAGAUCAAGAAGCUCACAGACAGCUUAAAGGGUGAUCUCCCAACCGGUGAGACCGUCGUCUUUCGCUCCAACGGCAAAGCAUCGUUGGAGACCGAGUGGGAGAAGGUUUCCGCAGUGGCGGGAGCAGAGGAGUGCUGGUCGGCAGCCGUCGAUAAAAGCCAGCAGAAGCUUCUCGCCAGCCUGGGCCUGGGCAAGUGCAAGGUGGUCGAGACGGCGCACCCCUACGAGACGGCAGACCAUUCUUUCACCCGGGGAAGCGGUGGAAUCGCCACCGAGGACGCCAUAACCGAUGAACUCGCGACCGAGGACCCCAGGAUCUCCGCCUCCCCUAAACUGCAACUAGGCUGCCUGGUCGAUGACCUGCAGGCUCGGAGCUGCCUGGUCGAUGACCUGCAGGCUCGGAGCUUCCUCCUGCUUUGUAGAGGCUUUCUCCUUGCACACGUUCGACUCGCAGGCUGCCUGGCCGAUGACUUCUGCAGGGCCGGCGUGGACGCCUUCUUCCAUCCCAUGGAUUCGCGGUUGCAGAAGUUCCGCGCCGAUUAUGCCCAGCAGGGCGAAGACUGGCUCCGCACCGAGCUGGGGAAGCAGAGUCGGGAUGAGCUGGCUAAGCUCUGUGCCGAUGAAGCGGCCUCGCAGCGAAAGCUGCAGGAACUGCGCACGGGUUAUGCCGAGCAGGGCGAAGCCUGGCUCCGCACCGAGCUGGAGAAGCAGAGUCGGGAUGAGCUGGCUAAGCUCUGCGUCGCUUCGGAGGUGCGACAGAAGUCAGCCGGGCGCAAGCUCUCCAGAGCGGAGCUGUUGGAAGCUCUAUCACAGAGCAUUGCCGGGGAGCAGGCUUCAUGGGGAAGCGGCGUUCUUGAGGCCGAUGAAGCGGCGUCGCAGCAAAGGCUGCUCGAGCUGCGCACGGGUUAUGCCGAGCAGGGCGAAGCCUGGCUCCGCACCGAGCUGGAGAAGCAGAGUCGGGAUGAGCUGGCUAAGCUCUGCGUCGCUUCGGAGGUGCGACAGAAGUCAGCCGGGCGCAAGCUCUCCAGAGCGGAGCUGUUGGAAGCUCUAUCACAGAGCAUUGCCGGGGAGCAGGCUUCAUGGGGAAGCGGCGUUCUUGAGGCCGAUGAAGCGGCGUCGCAGCAAAGGCUGCUCGAGCUGCGCACGGGUUAUGCCGAGCAGGGCGAAGCCUGGCUCCGCACCGAGCUGGAGAAGCAGAGUCGGGAUGAGCUGGCUAAGCUCUGCGUCGCUUCGGAGGUGCGACAGAAGUCCGCCGGGCGCAAGCUCUCCAGAGCGGAGCUGUUGGAAGCUCUAUCACAGAGCAUUGCCGGGGAGCAGGCUUCAUGGGGAAGCGGCGUUCUUGAGGCCGAUGAAGCGGCGUCGCAGCAAAGGCUGCUCGAGCUGCGCACGGGUUAUGCCGAGCAGGGCGAAGCCUGGCUCCGCGGCGAGUUGGGGAAGCACGGCAAGGAUGAGCUGGCCGAUGAAGCGGCGUCGCAGCAAAGGCUGCUCGAGCUGCGCACGGGUUAUGCCGAGCAGGGCGAAGCCUGGCUCCGCGGCGAGUUGGGGAAGCACGGCGGGCGGAGCUGGUUGGGCUCUGUGUCGCUGCGGGUUUGCAACGACACCGCCGAUGAAGCGGCGUCGCAGCAAAGGCUGCUCGAGCUGCGCACGGGUUAUGCCGAGCAGGGCGAAGCCUGGCUCCGCGGCGAGUUGGGGAAGCACGAGCAAGGAUGA